CUGUUUCGAGGGAGGUAGUUUCAGGAGACAUGGCUGCAUUCUGGUGUGGUGUAAAGUUUUCCGUCGGGAGACAAUAAUGUACAUUCCUCUGGCAGGACGGAAUGGUGUGUGUGUUUUUUUUUGUUUCUGUUGCUGUUGUUUAUUUAUAAGACAUUUCCUCUCAGUUAGUGGAAGUUCGAUCGUAAGAGGCUCCAGUGAUUUUCCUUCCACCUCCCCUCCCUAAUUUCUGUGCUUCAGCACUCUGGAACACUGUGAACUCGACAAGCUAAUCAGAGCAGGGAGCUUAGCAGCCAGGCCUGGACACUCUCAAGAGACUGUGCUGAUUCUCAGUCGGCACUCCUUGGAUCAGGAACCACAGUCUUGCAGCAACUGGCACUUUUCCUCCACGUUUUGAGAGAAAGAGAAUUGGCUGGAAUAAAACCUUGCUUUCCAUGUGGUCGACUUGAAAUACUGCAUUGAAAAGUUCCUUGACCAUCAGUCUGCAGCCUGCCCCUUCUCUGUAUAUGCAGCCGCGCUCUGCCCCCUGCCCCAAUGAACAUCUGCACUAGGCCCAAGCCUUGGAGUGAUUUACCUGAAGAGUGACACCAUUUAUUUGGAAACUACUGAAGAAACCCAAGACAGCUGAAAACCAGAAGGCAUCUGAGGAGAAUGAGAUUACUCAGCCGGGUGGAUCCAGCGCCAAGCCGGGCCUUCCCUGCCUGAACUUUGAAGCUGUUUUGUCUCCAGACCCAGCCCUCAUCCACUCAACACGUUCACUGACAAACUCUCACGCUCACACCGGGUCAUCUGAUUGUGACAUCAGUUGCAAGGGGAUGACCGAGCGCAUUCACAGCAUCAACCUUCACAACUUCAGCAAUUCCGUGCUCGAGACCCUCAACGAGCAGCGCAACCGUGGCCACUUCUGUGACGUGACGGUGCGCAUCCACGGGAGCAUGCUGCGCGCACACCGCUGCGUGCUGGCCGCCGGCAGCCCCUUCUUCCAGGACAAGCUGCUGCUGGGCUACAGCGACAUCGAGAUCCCGUCCGUGGUGUCGGUGCAGUCGGUGCAAAAGCUCAUUGACUUCAUGUACAGCGGCGUGCUGCGCGUCUCGCAGUCAGAAGCCCUGCAGAUCCUCACGGCCGCCAGCAUCCUGCAGAUCAAAACAGUCAUCGAUGAGUGCACGCGCAUCGUGUCCCAGAAUGUGGGCGAUGUGUUCCCGGGGAUCCAGGACUCAGGCCAGGACACACCGCGGGGCACGCCUGAGUCAGGCACAUCGGGUCAGAGCAGCGACACGGAGUCUGGCUACCUGCAGAGCCACUCUCAGCACAGCGUGGACAGGAUCUACUCGGCGCUCUACGCGUGCUCCAUGCAGAACGGCAGCGGCGAGCGCUCCUUCUACAGCGGCGCGGUGGUCAGCCACCACGAGACCGCGCUCGGCCUGCCCCGCGACCACCACAUGGAAGACCCCAGCUGGAUCACACGCAUCCAUGAGCGCUCGCAGCAGAUGGAGCGCUACCUGUCCACCACCCCCGAGACCACGCACUGCCGCAAGCAGCCCCGGCCCGUGCGCAUCCAGACCCUGGUCGGCAAUAUCCACAUCAAGCAAGAGAUGGAGGACGAUUACGACUACUAUGGGCAGCAAAGGGUGCAGAUCCUGGAACGCAAUGAGUCCGAGGAAUGCACGGAAGACACUGACCAGGCCGAGGGCACCGAGAGUGAGCCCAAGGGUGAAAGCUUCGACUCGGGCGUCAGCUCCUCCAUAGGCACCGAGCCCGACUCCGUGGAGCAGCAGUUCGGGCCUGGGGUGGCCCGGGAUGGCCAGGCUGAGCCCGCCCAACCUGAGCAGGCUUCGGAAGCCGCUGCAGAGGGCAGUGCGCAGCCACACCAGCUAGAGACAGGCGCCUCCUCUCCAGAAAGAAGCAAUGAGGCGGAGAUGGACAACACUGUCAUCACUGUCAGCAACAGCUCCGACAAGAGCGUCCUGCAGCAGCCUUCGGUCAACACGUCCAUCGGGCAGCCAUUGCCAGGUACCCAGCUCUACUUACGCCAGACAGAAACCCUCACCAGCAACUUGAGGAUGCCUCUGACCUUGACCAGCAACACACAGGUCAUUGGCACAGCCGGCAACACCUACCUGCCGGCCCUCUUCACUACCCAGCCCGCAGGCAGCGGCCCCAAGCCUUUCCUCUUCAGCCUGCCACAACCCUUGACAGGUCAGCAGACCCAGUUUGUGACAGUGUCCCAGCCCGGCCUGUCCACCUUUACUGCACAGCUGCCAGCGCCACAGCCCCUGGCCCCAUCUGCAGGCCACAGCACAGCCAGUGGGCAGGGCGAAAAAAAGCCUUACGAGUGCACUCUCUGCAACAAGACUUUCACCGCCAAACAGAACUACGUCAAGCACAUGUUUGUCCACACAGGUGAGAAGCCCCACCAAUGCAGCAUCUGUUGGCGCUCCUUCUCCUUAAAGGAUUACCUUAUCAAGCACAUGGUGACACACACAGGAGUGAGGGCAUACCAGUGCAGCAUCUGCAACAAGCGCUUCACCCAGAAGAGCUCGCUCAAUGUGCACAUGCGCCUCCACCGGGGGGAGAAGUCCUAUGAGUGCUACAUCUGCAAAAAAAAGUUCUCCCAUAAGACCCUCCUGGAGCGACACGUGGCCCUGCACAGUGCCAGUAACGGGACCCCUCCCACGGGCACAGCCCCGGGAGCCCGCGCUGGCCCCCCAGGUGUGGUGGCCUGCACGGAGGGGACCACUUACGUCUGCUCCGUCUGUCCAGCAAAGUUUGACCAAAUCGAGCAGUUCAACGACCACAUGAGGAUGCAUGUGUCUGACGGAUAAGUAAUAUCUUUCUCUCUUUCUUAUGAACAAAACAACAACAAAAAACAAACAACAAAAAAAAGCUAUGGCACUAGAAUUUAAGAAAUGUUUUGGUUUCAUUUUUACUUUCUUGUUUUUGUUUUUGUUUCGUUUCGUUUUGUACUACAUGAAGAACUGUUUUUUGCCUGCUGGUACAUUACAUUUCCGGAGGCUCGGGUGAAUAAUAGUUUUCCCGGCUUCCCUCGGAUGGUGGCCUUAAGGCCUGGUAGUGCUUCAAGGGGUCCACUGGUUGGAUCUCUAGCUACUGGCCUCUAAAUACAACCCUUCUUUACAAAAAAAAAAUCUUUUUUAAAAAAUUUAAAAAAAAAUUUUUUUUUCACUUGUGAAGAGCACUACAAAAAUAUAUACCGAAAUCUAAAAGGCCGACUGUCUUUAAGUACACCGCUUGCAGUGUUUCAGUGGACAUUUUCACAAUUCUGGCCACUUGGACUUCACAGUAACCAGUUAAAACUGUGGAAUAUCACUUCUGGUUGAAAACCCAGAGGAAAGGCCCUGCUGUUUUCCACCUACCAUGUUGUCUGAUUUCAUAAAAGGGCUGUGGAGGUGGGAAGGGGCAGUGGGUUUGGUGAUGUGGGAAAGGGGAAUGGCAGGCUUCUCCCCCAGAUUCCGCUUGGGCCCACACACCCCAGCCCACCUCCUCCAUGCCCCCCCUUUCAGCAGAAGCCAGGAAGACUUGGACAAGCAUCAAGCAACAGUGGCUAUCGUAUUUAUUCAGUGUCUUUGCUGAGCCACAGCCUCAGCACAAUCAAGAGGGACUUUCAUGAAAGGCAGGAAUGCAGAUAAAACAAAGAUAUCAGAGGUUUGCACCUAUGUUUCUAGGUACAAGAGAAGGAUUAUUUCCAACAAUCUUUGCAAAAAAAAAACAAAAAAAAAGUGUCAGGAUAUAUUCUUGUGGAAGAGAAAGAGAAAUGGAGGGUGGGGGGAAUAAUAAAAAGUUCUUGAGGCUUUUUUAAUUCAAAAUUUUAUAGAGGGGCAAAAGUGACGUUUACCAGAUAGAAUGCUGAUUUUUUUAAUAUAUUUACAACAGUAUUUGUGUAAAAAAAAAAACAAAAAAAAAGUGAGAUUGUUAAAAGUAAUUUUUUUUCCAUUUUGGUUUUGCAUACACUGCCACCAAUCCCUUCUCUUUUAUUUUAUUUCACACACAUAUAUAUAUAUUUUUUGGUAAGUCAAGACUGUUAAGGUUAGCGAUACUGCUUCCAGAUAGAAAGAAUAAAAGGCAAUUAAAGUUAUAUUUGAAAGAGAGGAAGGAUAUUUUCUUCAUAUUUUUUUUAAUUUUUCUUAAUUUUUAUUAUUGUAAGUGUUGCCUGGGUUGAUGAGGGCCUCUGUGGCCACCCAUCCCUGCUGUAAUUUGAACUGCUGCUUUGUAUUUUGAUAUGUAGUUCUUUGACUUUUAGCAAGCUUAGGUUGCUCCACUGAUUUUUUUUUCAACUGAUCCAUUUAGAAUUCUGUUCUUUUUCAUGGGAGGGACUUUAACUUUCAGAAACAGAUUUCUUGGUUCUCUAAAAGUUUAUUGAGAUUGAAUGAUUCUAGAAUUUCCAUGGACUUUACUGUUUUCUUUGAUGAAACACUAGUAGAUUAGAGGUCUUGACAAAUGGCUUCUUUCCCUUUGUGGUCAGCCUGGGGAGGAGCUUACAGAACUGCGGUAGCUCCUCACCCUUCACAUCUACAGAGAGCAGUGAUAGCAGAGCCUGUGACAGAGCAGAAAGCCUUGAUGCCAAAAUUACUUUCUUCUUUUCAGAUGUUACCUUCCGACUAUUUCCACUGUGGUUGAGAGGGCAAAGUAAGAUGAUCGUUCUCUAUCUGAUUUAUUAACUCUUGCUUUUUGGAAAGGUUUUCAAGAAAGUAACACACUUUCCAGAUGCCAAUAUCCAUCAUUCAAAGGCCACCAAUCCAUUGCAUCAUCCUAGGUGCCACUCUCUCUUCCUAAUUGGGAUUUCUCUCUUCGGUCCUGAUCAAGGUAUUAUAAUAGGGAUUUUUCUAUCUGUAGACAGUGUCCUGAGGGGAUUCCAACCCAACUGUAGGAAUUCUUAAACCUAACAAAAAUGCCAAAGGUGGUUGCAUUGCUGGGCAUAUUUUUAACACACUUAAGGGGGAAAAUUAAAACUUUAAACAAAGCAGAAACACCAAACUAGAAUUGUGAAAGAGAAAAAAAUAGAUUAUUUUAGUUUAAAAAUUACUUUUCAUUUAACCAAUUUUUCUUUUAGCAACUUAUUUUCAAAAACUGUGCAGCAAAGGAGAAGUCUUCCAAGGGAAAUAGCUCUGUAAUGACUAAAUUGGUUUUACCCAUAUAUAUUUUAGACUUUUGGUUAAAUGAGAACUUUUCCAUAAGUUCUUGGUGAUGUUUAGUAGGGUUAGUGCAGCUGGAGUAUAUGUGAGUGUGAUUUGUUCCUGUGUCCUUAAUUCAGUAAAUAUUUUGCUGGAAGUUUUAAUGUAGACUUGGAUGGUUAAUUGACUGUUGCAUAUCACCCAUCAUGAUUUCUAAGAGGAGUACUUCCAAGAACUGUGUGUGUCCAAAUUGACGUGUUUUAAAAGUUAGUAGAGAACAGAUUUUAAAUAAGAAAAAGUCCAUUUUUCUCUUGAAAACUUGGCUUUUUAAAAUAGCAAUGUGUAAGAUUCUCAUAUUUCCACUUAAAACCAACAGGGGGAGCAUUAGUUAACUAACCAUGUCAUGGAAUUGUUUUGAUAUUUUGAAAACAAGUCAUUCAACCCACAAAAUAAGAAAGAAAAAAUUGACAUAAAGAAAGUUUUUUUAAUCCAGAGGGAAAUUACAUAUUGCUUAGUAUAUGUUAUAAAUAAAAGCCAAAAGCCCCAUUAAAAUGUUUUCAAUUAUUUGACAGUAGCUUUUAAAAUAGUGUCCUUAUUUAUUUAAACCUUAGCAAAGUAGACAGAAUUCAUAAUACCUCCAGAAAAGUUGAAUUUGGAUGCCAUUAUGGGCCACAGAUUUAGCUAUCUGCUUCUCAAAUUCAAAGGAGACCCAUUUGCCGUAAUGCUAAUUUGCCAUGUAAAAAGCUAAGCAAUUGGGUUAGAAUCCACCUCUAGUUAUAGAACAUGUAGGGGGGAAAUUCCAGUUGGGCUUGAACACCUAAUAUUCAUUACUUUCCUUCAAAGGAAGUAUGUCUUUUUUUUAACAAUGUCAGAGGAUCCCUAAAGAUUUUUUGGUGAGGUGAUGUUAUCAUUAGGACAGCAGGGACCAUCCAGGUUUGCAUAGCAGUAGACUUUUUCUGCUUGUCGUCAUGUGUGUCUAUUCCUUUCAAACAUCUUGCAGCCUAAAGUCAUUGACAGAUUGUUCUCUGGAGAGAGGAAGAGGCUGGGCUGGAGGGGACAAUCUAACCUGGAGGAGCAAUGAGCUUGCUGUGGGGCCAUUGCCACACGUUCUAGCCUCUGAAAGGGCUGCUUUCCAAACUGACCUGCAUUUUAGAAAGUAAGCGAGUCAUACCUCUUUCAAAAGGAUAGAGAUGCAUCCAGAUCGUCAAUCUUUACUUUUAAAUAAUCACAAAUAUCUUAGGAAAUAGGGAAACAUAUUUUGCUUUGAGAAUAGAGGAUGAACAUGAAUCCUUUUAUUUUGUGACUUCAAAUCCAACAAUCUUCUUGCAUUUAGAACUUCAUGCUAGGAUGCUAUAAGUGCAAGGAAAAUUUUUUCAGUAGCCAGGGGGGAAUAAAUAGAUAAAACAGAAGCAAAUGUUCCAGAUUUAACACCUCUUAGAAUAAGUAUGGGAUGAGUACAAGAACUGGUAUGGAAAAUAAUAUUUUUUAGCAAUUUAUGAUUUUAAAACUGGGUCAGCUGAACAAGGGUAAGAAAAAUGUCAAAAAUGAAUGUUUCCCAAAGCAUUUAGAUACAGUUUAUGAAGAAUAAAAUUUCCAGGCACUAAAAACUUGGUAGCAUCUCAGCAUAGUGGACAAUUUUCCCCUAUUAAAUGCCAAUAUUUUUAUCCCCAAGACCCAAAAUGUGUAGAAUACAGCCCUAAAAAGGAAGGAAUUGGAACACCUGGAUCUGAUUGAGAAAUAAGCCAGGUCAAAACAAACAAAAAACAAAAAACCUGAAAUAAAACUAUAUCAAUGUUUUUUACUAUAUAUUUUAAUUGAGUUAUAAACUUUAGCUCUUAAUAAGACUUUCUCUUCCCCAAAUUUCCAAUGCUCUGAAUCUGUUUGUGCCAUGAGAAACUGGUGGAUAGUUUCCUGCUUAUGUUCCAGCUGCAGGCCAUCCCUUCUUCCUGGGCAUCUUGGAGGUCAUGAUAGCUCCUGAAAUUAGAAAGAAUGACUUGUAUUUGCUUUGUUUAGGACUCAUAGAGGUUUUAUUUCAUAUCGUCCCAAUAUUCUACAAGGACCAAGAAAUCCCGUUCCCAGCCUGUGAGCAGUUAGAGUUUGGGCAUUCUGAUGUGAACGGAGAAAAGGUUUCCUCUGGGAGGGUUUGUUUCACGUAGUCCUAAUGACUUGAGCUACGUGGACUAGUACUUUCACCCUAUAAGCACACCAGCAGCAUGUGCCCAGUCCAUGCCCCAAAUCAGUGUUUUUCCUCAGCACAGAAGUUCAGAAUGAGGUGUGCUCCUUAUAAAUCCCUCAGAUCCCCAAGAGAACAUAAUAAAGGUUCAUGUUGCUUCCUAGUGUGGCUCCCAUAAUGCUCCUAACACCUGUUGCCCUUAGGAAAGGGGGCAAUGAAAUAGAUCUGGCCAGGCUUCACACUAGACGUGCCCAUUCUGGAGCCUUCCUCUGUUGUUGUAGAUGUCAUUUAAUGAGCUGGGCCUGGGAGCAAAGGAUAUGUGAGUCUACAGCAAAGGUAUUAGAUAAACCAUCUGCCUCUGCUACAGCCAGUGUACUGCUGCAGCAAAAAGAAACACAACGAAGGUGCAACGUAAGAGCAGACACAACCUGAGAUGCCCUCGGGAUUGAGGAGAAUGGGAGAGUGCCCUUUCUGUUGUGACAUGACUCUUAAAAGAAAUCUCCUGAAAGAAUUCUUUAAUUUAGGAAUGAGUUGAAGUCCUGGGUAAUGGAAGCCCUAGGGAAGAGAACAAAAGGAUUUCAAAAUGUAUUCAGCACCCAAUAAUGCAAAACCAAAAAACAUCCAAUCACAACACGAGGAAGUUUGGCAAGAGGUAUUUAGAGAAAUCUCUGGGCCUUUCCAUGGGUAGGGUCAAAGACUUUCUUUUGAGUGAUUUCUGGCUCCAAGAACCCUCUUUAUUCACUAGAAAAGAACUUUAUUUAAAUGGCUAAUUUUGUCCCCCAGAAAAAGAAAUUUAAAAAAAGAAAAAUAGGACACUGAAGACAGAACCAUGUGACUUGGUGACAAACAAAAGGAAGGGCACACUAGCAUUUCAAUAGACUCCCUACUCCAUAGAAAAAGCAAAGCAACCCAGUGCCUCCAGUCUGCAGUGCCUGAGGAGAGUGCUUGAGCCGACCAGGCCACCGGGCUUCUGGGGCUACACACAACUUCCCAGCUGGGAUGGCGACAACUCUUUCUCUCUCUGUUUUCACGAAGAAAAGGGCUGUUCUCUUAGGUGCCCAGGAAAUACAAUGACAUGGAAUAAACUUUCAAAAGCAAUCUCUAUCCUGGUGCUCAGGCUUCAUAUGAAGGCAGAAAAGGGACACAGAUGCGCCCUUGCUUUAGAGAAAGAAUAUCUUCAUAUUCCCAAGGGCUGUCUGUGUAGAGCUGCCAUUUCUGAACCAGCUUAAGUCUCCCCAGGAGGAGAAGCUGUGGUGACCCAGCAAACAUAGACUGUGGAAAUUACUAACCAAAGCAUCAUUUCUAGCACUAGGAAUUAAGAUGAUUAGCCUGACCAAAAUACUCCAAAGAUUUCUCUAAGCCUCUGAAUACUUUUUCUCCUUGGACACUGAAUCCACAGUGGUCAGUGGUGUACAUUAACAGAUCCCAGAAAAUGGCACAGGUUCUUUUUCAGAACCGGGUUGAAACCAGAAACAUCAUCUUUUCACACCACUGACUGAAACACCUGGAUUCCAGGGUUUCUUCAGGUCCAGCCUACUGUUCCAUAAACUGAAUACUUUCAAACUAAAAUCUAAUCUAAAGUGACCUCGGCUAAGGUAUUUUCACAAGAAGCCACUUGUAGUAAAGAAUUAUUGCCUUAAAUCAGAAAGCCCAGGGGAGAGGACAGAAGAGAGAGAGAUUGGAAGGGUGCGGAGACAUGGACAGUUCUUGGUUUUUAAUAGUUGCAUUAUCACAAAAAUGUUUCUGACUGAAGACUAUGUUUGGGGGGAGGCAACAAACUUGUCCAGAACUGGCUACUCUCAGGAAGCAGCUGCUAUUUCCUAUCCUAUUUCUGUGACAUAGAUCUGGGCCAGGUGUGAAAUAGACAUCAUCUUAUCUAACUAGUGAAUUGCAUAAGACAGGAUCACAGGUGUCUGGGAUUCCAUUUUUAAUCAUUUUCUUAACGGAGAACAAUCUCAGCAAAAUAUUUCCUCUUGUUUUUUUCUCAGUUUUAGUGAGCAUCUGGUUUAUCUGACGGUUCUUUGUUAAAUGCAAACUCACAACUUUCAAGUCUUCAAUGAAGGAGCCUAAUCUGAGAUCAUAGGGAAAAUCUAGCCACAAUCAUGGGAGUCCUGGUUUUGAGAUACCUAAUUAGGGUACAAAAAGUCCCUACUAGCCCUCUUUCAAAUUCAGAGGUUUCCUUUGUUCAAAAUGCCUCAAUGAGAUCCUGAUACACCCAAGAUACAAAAAAAAAAUUUUUUUUACCUCAUAGUAGACAUCUGUUUCUACUACUGUUGCAACAGAAGUUUGUUACUGCCCAGAAAUAUCAGUGCAAUUUAUAUGUAGAUUCUAGUAAUGAAAGGGACUUAACCCAACCAGCAUGUCAGCUGCUAUCCAAAAUGUGCAAAUAAGUGUACAUUAUGCAUGUACACACCCAGCAUGGGAUGCUCUCAGCACAAAAGUGUUCCAAAUUCAUAUUCCCCGACAACAAGAUGGGUUCUGGAACUUCUAGUCAGUCAAAAGUCUCACAUGUCUGCUUCUGCUCAGCUGCCUUAGUCAGGUGUAUCAGUGCCGACCGCUGUCUGUGGUGAGGCUUUGGGUCAUGUCAUUCUGCAGAAGCCCCACCCAUCAGUCAUUUCUAGGACCCCUUCCCUGAAAACUUGAAGGUACUUGUUUGGAGCAGGAGAGUGCACUUAACCACCUCUGCACUUCUGUGGGAUUUACUGAUGUGUGUGUGAACGUGUGUGUUUGUGUGUAUACUUGUAGUCUGGGAGAGUAUGUGUCUCCCACUGAGCACACACAGCAGUAGGUCCUGUGCAUAGAUUCAGUUGCUUCUCCUCACCGUUGCGCUCCAGACUUGUGGCUCCCUUCCCAGGAAGCAGUCACCUGCCCACUCUGUUGCUUUUUGUAGCGUUUCAGAGUUGGGAGAAACAAGGCAGCUUGUUGGAUCCACAGCAAACCCACAGUGACAGGCUGUUUUUCUCCAGAAAAAGGUAGAACAGAAGUACUCAACUGGUGAGGAGACGACGAGAGGGAGCAGCCGUCUGGGGCACCUGCCUAGGCCUGGGAGGAAGGAGCACAGAGGCCAUGCAGGCAAGGCCCAUACAAGCUUGGCCUAAGCCAUUCCAGGUUUUUCCUCUCUGCAACCCAGUGUGUGCACACAAACACCCAGCCACUUGUAAGUUUUACUCCCAAACUAAAGCUUCCUAAUCCUGUCUGCAUCUGCAGGACACCAUCAACUGUGUCUCCUGACACCAGUGUGGCCUUUGCCGAAGUCUUUCCAGGAGUGGCUUGUUUACCAUGCCUAGCAAACCAAUGGACUCUCGGGGGAAAUAAUUUUUGGUAAGAAUUGAUGGCUCUUGCCUGUCUCAGACAUUCAAGUAGGAACUGUUCUGAGUAAAUGGGCCUGGCUCUCAGAGCUGACUUUGAAGGUGGCCUGGAAACAGAUUCAAUUUCCUUACUCCCAUGUCCUUCUUUUAUAGGUAGUUUAUUAUUUUUUAUGACAUGUAGAUUAUUUCUGCUAAUUUACAGAAUUCAGAGGACAUUUUCUUUCCUCUUCUAUUUUGGUGACUUUCCCCUCCCCCAUUAAGUAAGGCUACUACUUACGGUUGCAAUCUUUUCCUUGUUCCUAUUUUUUAAAUCUAUAUUGUCUUUCUUUAUCCAAAAUAAGUCUGUGACUGUAACCAUAGUUAUUUCUUUUUACUGGAAAAAAAAGGUGUUUUUUUUUUAAUUAACAGUACUAGUGACUUUGUGGAAGAAUAUGAGUUACUAUUAAAGUAUGCUUACUUAAGUACAGUACACUACAUUGCAGUAUUUCUGAAAGCUAGAACAUACACAUUAUAUAUAACAACUCUAUAUUGAAAUAUAUAUUACAUUAUAUUCAUUUUAACUUUUGAAUCUGCCUAUGAUCAUGAGUUGAUUGAAAUAUUAUUUCUUUGCAUUUAUCACCCAUCACCAACCUGCCGCAGUUAAUCUGGUGCAUUUCAUAAUAAUCAUUACUGCUCUAGUUGGCUUUUUAUAUUAUCAGCUUCAGUAUUGUCUUUACAGGUUUUUAGGAUUUUUUUAAGCUCAGACUUAGCAAAUGUAGGAAAGUGAAAACUUUUUGUAAAAAAAAAAUGUUUGGUGUGGCUGAUACAAAGAGGUUCAUAGUAUAAGUGAUCUUGUUUCGCUGACUCUCUCAAUAUCUAAAGAACAAAAGAAAGUACAUAUGAAUGUAUCUGUGAUUUUUCCCUCUAGGACUGUCACUGCCUGUAUUUGCUUUUAAAAAUAUGACCAAGCACCUGCUUACCCUCCAUGUGACCUGACCAACAAUUACAGGCUGCGUUUCAAAGGGCUGCUCAUCUGAAAACCAUCAGGCAGUGAAAUGCCUAGUUUUUCUAGCUCUGUUUUCAAACAUUGAUUUUAAGAUUGGUUCUGUUCUGACAGCUUCCUGUUUUCAGUACGCUUGCAGUUCUAACUAGUCUUUAAUGCUUCCCUGAAGGCAGCUUGGCAGUAGAAUAUUCAUUUCCCUAGGAGAUUUUUAAAAAAAUAAAACCUGAGUUUGAAGAACUUUUCAUGACAGAGGCUAAUAGAAGUAGAACUCAGAAAGUUUUAUAUAAUUUUUUUAGUCUGCAGAAUCAAUAAAAUAAAUGGUGGCUCUUGGGUACCUGGCCCUCAGUAUCCCCAUUUGUCUGUUGAGAUGGGGACUUGGUUCCUUCUAAUUUAACCAGGCCAUCGUGGAAACUUCAGAAAUCAGGCAUCCAGUCUUCCUAGCAAGAAAUAUUGUCAAAUAUUAUUUUCAGAAAAAAGAGCUUCUUCAGCUUCCCACAGCUGUUUAAUCCAAUGCCUAGAAAACUCCACAGUUGGAUAAACUUUACAUCCAUCCUGGGUGCCUGAAACCAGCCUCACUCUCUCCAUUCUAUAUUCAGGACAAAAUAAAAACAGCUGUUCACAGUACUCAGUGUGAAAGCCCUUCCCACACUGGACCAAUAGUGAGGCUUUUUUUCAGUGUGAAUAACACCAAUUUCUUCCUUUCAUCUUCCCCGAUAUGUUUUUAUUUUCAAAUCCCAUCCCGCUCUGCUGUGCCCCUCCAACAAGUUCGCCCCCACCCCUUUAUCCAGGCUCCCCUCCAUGCCCUCUGCUUCUGAAGCCUGGUAUCAUUAAGGAUCUACCUACUCUAACCACUUUGAAGGGCUAACAUUGAGUCUAAUAGCAAAAUUAUUCAUCUGCCUCUCCAAAUUUUUCAACUAAAUAUAUUUCUGCUAGACAAACGUAAUUGUAAAUUAAGAGUUAGGGAAGCUGUUCCUUUUCCAACGAUCACAUAAUACCCAAAUUAUAUCAACUUUAUUAUUUUCCUCACCCUUUCUCUUUAUUUCUUGGUUCUCUUUAAGACUCCUUUAAAUUACCUCUUCAUAUUAUUACCACCCCAGGAACUCUAAUAAUCAGGCCCCUGAGUGCCCAUUUCCCUUCCUUUCCCCAAACCCAUUGUGAAUGCCCUUCUUUAAGCUGUAGGUGUUUAAAGAGCAUUGACAUGAGCUCAUCCACUUGAGACUGUCAGGCAGAGUGAAGCAAGUGUACACUGCACCUUCUCAUUCUAAAAGUUAUCAAUAUUCUUUGGAGAGUGGGAGGACCUGACUCACAGUUUUAAAUGUCAUCUGCACUAGCUGAGGUCAUUAAUUCCUCUCACCUUCAUAUUUGGCCAAUGAUAAAGCGAAAAAUAUUUUCUGGUGUGUUGUUUUUUUCUUUAAAUACCACAGUGUUCAAAUUCCUGAUAUGAGUAGACUAUAUCUCUGAGGGAGGGAAAAAAAUGUUAACUAUUUCAAUACCUGCCAAGUGACAUAUUACCAGAUACUAGAUUUACAGAAAUCAAGCAAAGGGGGUGACAUUUCAAAAUAAUUUUGGCAACUGCUCAAGCCUUAAAUGAGCUCUUCUAAAACAAGUAAAGCCACUGCCAUUCAAACACAUUGUAGGAGACAAUCAGGAAGAAUUUUUGUCAUUCGUUAUCUUUUGGAGAAACAAUUAUUAAUUUAGAGUUUUAAGCAGUAAUUUAUUAAGAAAUUAAAAGAUUCAAAAAGUUUCUAAAGUAUCUGUUUUUAGACAUCAACUUAAUAUAUGUUUAAAUAAAAUAAGGCUGACUAGAUACUUGAAGGACCAUGUAAUACACUCCCCAGUUCCUAAACAUUCACCAUAUAAUUUGGUCAUCAUACUAGAUCUCAUUUCAGUGAGUUACAGUUGCCUGGUCGCUGGAGCAUUGCCCAAAGGACUGAUGCUGUUCUGGAUCUGCCCCUGUACAGGAUGUUUAGAAUGCGAUCUUAGCAGCUCCAACACAGUGCUUCCUGACUCCCAGUCCAACACUCUUCCCAUGAUGCUACGUUGCCUCUCCGCUCUUAUGAAGACAAAUUCUGAAGCAUUUAAAGUGUUACCUGGUUUUUAGUGCACAGGGGUGUGCAUUCAUUCCUUGUUUUACCCAUUGACAAACAGAAUCAACAUUUAAUAUCAGAAAUGGAGUCUUAAUUGGACUUGAGGGUUAACUCAGCAUUUUUCCUAAUCAAACCAGUGUGUAACAUCAGCUCACACCACAGAGAGCAGUGCAAUAAUGAGAAGGUUCAGAAGCUUUCCCGAGUCGCAAAUCCAGUAGGAAACCAACCUUUCCUAAAGCCAGAAUGUAUGGAGCUGAGAACCAUGAUCUUCACUUGGCAUGUUCUCCCAACAGGUCCUCUCUUCUUCUCUUCUUUUGUCCAUUCUGACCCCUGCAUCUUUUUUUAAAGUACUCUGCAUCUAAAGUGCUCAUCUCCCCAAGCACUGGCUUCUAGCAUCCAAAUACUAUCAUUUAAAGUAUAAUGUAGAGUAGGAGGGGAUCUGGUUCUGAUAGGUUCCAGGUGGUCCAGGUAAUGAGAAAGGUUUCUCCAGGAGGCCUUCUUGGCAUUGUUCCCUCUAGUCCCCCAAGAAGAGUUCCAACCCUGACACCGGGGUUUCUCACCACAAUCUGCAUUAGUCUCUAGAGUAAUGGCUAAAUUCUGUUUCAUAUUCUAGAGGCUCCAGGGUGUGGAUUUCUUACUGCUUACAAGCCUCCUGCUUUUCUAAGCUGACCCCUGCCAGGAGCACCAAUAGCCCUCACAGUAUCUAAUGCAGCAAAAUCAUGGUCAGAAACAUUAUAAAAUGUAUUUGGGAGGACAGGAAGGGAUUUCUUUCUGUCUUCCCCCAUUAACAGCUUGCUUCCUUCCCCAAACCCCACCACAGUGCGUUUCAGAAAGUCUGCAUCUCAUUUUACAGAUCUGUAGUUUUAGUAUUUACCAGUAUAGCUUAGGAAAUGUUCUGAGAUUGAGGCUGGUAGCAAACCAGUUUGUUUUCUGCACUGGACUUUAGGGCACGUGUGACAGAUGCAAUUCCUUCAAAGAAAGUGAAACUAACAUAGUCAAGCCAAGGGAUGAUACUUUUACACAUUAAAACAGUUGUCUGCUAUCUAUAAACCUUGAUUGAAGCAUAAUUAUUAUUUCUUUAGAAACCUGAAACUGGAGGGAUGUGUAUUUCCAUAAAGCUUGUUUGUUAAUUUAUUUGUUUCCCUUUAUCUCUUUCUUCUCAAGAUAGUAAAAGAUUUUGAUUCUUCAACCUGGUGGCAUAGGCAGCAGUCAGAUACCUGCGGGCCCUGCCACCUCCUUUCCCUCUGAGAAUGAAAAGCCUCCCGUCUGCCAGCAAGGAGUCUUUCUCCACGAAAACCUUCUCUUUCUUUUCUAGCAGCACUUGAGAGCCUUGUGAGAGAAGUUGUCUCUGCACCUUGAGGAUAGAAUAGUUGCAACUAUUCCCUGAGAAAGAAGCCCCAUUUAACCUAAACUGAUAGGUCUUGGGCCAAAGAAUAGGAGUUGAUUGCAGGUGAAAGCCAUGUAUUUUACACUGUAAAUCCUUAUUGUCCCCUCAUAUUUUAGAAAUGCAGCUGGGAAUAAGUUAUUUUAAUGAAAAUUCUCUUUGGGUAUUUCUUACCGCUAUCUAGUGAUGAAUACCCAGAAAAGGGAAAGAAACAGAAAGGAUGCUACUAAAAAGCUAAAAUCCAUUGAUCUAUCGAUUUCUAAAAUUGUUCAGAUUUCUUUUCUGUUCAUUUCAAACCUAUAUGUGCUCCUGAGGUCUUCAAUGGAGAAACAUCCACUUCUCCACUGUUUCUCAUCUCCCCACCCAGUGCUGGGGGUGGUGGUCACAGGGAGAUGGGCUGCAGGGCCCAUACCUCACCACCCAGACCCACCGCCACACGAGAAGGAGAAGCCAAACUAGAAACAUUUUUUAAAGGAAAUUGUAGUGUUUCAUUUGAAAGCAUACUGCUUUCAACUCAAUCCAAUUUACAGAUAGCCUGACAGCCUUUUUAUGACCUGCCGUUUGUGCUAUAAUUUGCAUUCUUAGCUCACUCUUUAAAAUAAUCGCAAUUAAGUGAACAGAGGAAAAGCAAGAGGGAAACAGGACAAUUGAUGGGACAAAUCUGAGACAGUUCUGGAUCCUAAAGCUGAUUCUCAGGGUUACCAGAAAGUCAGCACCACCCACCCUUUGCCACUCUUGCCCAUCUCUCACCAUUACAGUCCCAAGACUUGGUAAGAUAACCUCACUUCUUUGUCAUUUAAGUCUUAAUACUAUCAAACCCCUCUGGAGACAUUGUAGACACCUGUGACUGCUCUGAGAUCUAACCUGCUCUUGAGGGCAUAUGCAGAGAGAUGACUGAAAAUAAAAUAAUGGUUCAAAUUUAGUUCCAGAUUUAGACAUAGUCUAAAGUGCUCUGUGGGUGUGCACUGCCAGGAGUUCAUAAGGCUGGUUACUCUGCUCUUGCUCCCCUUGGGACAAACUGAUUUGGAACCAUCUGUGUGUCACUUGGUAGGAGAAAAUGGUCUAGGCCCUAGACCCUAGGGCAUUGUCAGCACGGACACUCCUUCCGUAGUCCCACUGAUUUGAACCUCAGGUCUGCUGAGGGGCCUAUUAAGAUAUGAAUGAAGGCUAACUUUCCUAUAUCUUAAUAUUAACUUUGGUUUUUGCACUAUUCUUGAAAGAAUUGUGCUCUUCAGAGUACAUGAAAGCAGAGUCAAAGGCAAAGAGUUGAUGGACUCGAGAAAAUCUAACUUUAUGUUUUAAAGUAAUUUGAGUGUAUUGAACCCACUAUGCCAAACACCCUUGUUUCUGUAAUCUAUUCUGAACUAAUGGUGAUUCUCCUGAGACUUCAGCGUGCGUGUGUGGGUACGAGCAGAGAAGCAGGUUUACAUUUGGAGAGUGGGGACCCAGACACACUGAAAGGCUUAUUCCUGAGGAUUAUCAAAUGCCAAGCAUUUCUCCAGAAUCACUCAAUACUGUCAUCCCAAACUAAUGCCAGACUAAUACCAAGCGAGAAGUAUACCCCAUUAGAUAUCCUACUAUGAAUGUUUUCUCUUACAGAAUAAUACAAUAAGAGGUACAAUGCAGACUCUUAAUAAUUCACUUUUAUAUUUAGUAGCAAGAUUUUUUGUGUGAGUGUGCCAUUGAGCUGUUUGUAUCAAUUUUCAACCUAUCAUCCUGAGAGGGGCCUUGAGAAUUUAUGUGUAUGUAGAUCUGUAUUUUGUGUGUAUUCAGAAAAAAAUAGUGAGUAUUCAGAAAAAAUAAGAGAAGAAUGAGGCGAGGGAGAUGGUGGUCAGUGUAAGGAAGCGUGAGUCCCUGUUUCUAUGAGGUAAGGUGCUGCUGUCUGCAGCCCUGGGGAGUAGCUGAUUGCACUAUUCAGAAACAAGAGCUCAUCACUGUUAAAUCUAGGACCUGUUUUGAGAGACAGGAAAGCUUUAUCUUUUCCUGUACCCACUCCCUUUAGCAUCAGAGCCAUUUGACAUCAUGAAAACCAUUCAAUAAAAACCACUACUGACCUUUGCAUUAAGUAGUUAUUCCCCUCUUCUAAAUACUACCCUGGCUUCCACUCCACUAUUACCCUUUGUUUCCUGCUGAUUGGCUUAACAUUUUACAGAAUAAUACAUAGGUGCAUGUGAAUUGUUUCUCUCCCUUGAGCUGAAACAAACAGAGGCAACAAAAGAGAUGACUCACUGAAGUGUGAGGCAGAGACUGAAUUUCCCACUUUGUGGCACUGGUAACCUUUGUAGAGCUGUGUAGGGUUGAGCUUGGGUUUAUAAUAGGGCUUUUUUUUUCUUUGCACUAAAUAUGACUGCACUGCAUUGCACUACUGAAAUGUAUUUACUUGUGCUGGGAGAGAGUGUGUGAGGUAUGACAAAGAAAGAAACAAGUUAUGAAACUAGAAGCAUCACAAAAAUAGAGGGUUAUUUCCAUCAUGCUUGGUGGUAGCAGGUUUGGUGAAAAUCUGUAGAAUGCCAAUCCUUAAUCAGGCUUAGAAACUGCCAUGUGGAUAGGAUCUGUUUUCAUAUCAUAAGGAAGUUGGCUUAGUGUCGUGAACUUAGGAUGUUUGGCCAAUGUCAUCUCCAACUAAGCUUUCAGUAAGAGUUGCAAUGGUGAAGCCAACCGAGGUGCUGUGAACACCCUUGCUCUGCCCUGCACCACGGAGGCCGAUGCACAUUUCCGUGCCAGAGAGGGCAGUGCCCCCUUUCAAAAAACACACAACCGUUUUCAUGCUAGAGAGAGAUUUCCAGCCGGGGCAUGCUUUUCCAUCCAUGGGUGAAACCUAGAGCAGGCUAACCAAAGAGGGAGGCCAUGGGUGUGAUGACAGUCAGGGAACAGUGCAAUAACCACUGAGAACCAUGAGGUGAAAGGCUUAUUUUGAAACAUGCUAGGCCCACUUUGACACUGGAGGAAGGGUUGGAGGACAAAACAGAACCUACUUACUAACUGCUCUGUCGUAGAUGGUCCUUUAUUAAGCAGAAGACCUUAACAGUGCCUAAAAAUUUAGUUUUGAAGUUAUUGGGGGUUUUUUCAAUUUUUAAUUGGAUUUUCUUUUAUUACCUUGUUUAAUCUUAGAUGGAAUUAGAGUUUAUGGCUCUGUAGUGUCUAUUAAUAAAAGAAUCUUACACCACAAGCAAUAGGAAGAUGCUAAAGGCUUCUCAGAUCCAAAGUGACAGCUUUGAAGGUUCUGGUUCAGUGAGAAAGGAUCACAACCCGUCUAAAUGGCUAGUGUUGGAUUUCUCUGAACAUCAUAUAGAGGGAUAUUAUUUGGAAUACUCUCUGUCCUAAGAUUGCCGCAUUGACACCUAUCUCUCUCUCCUCCUUAGGAUCCAUCCAAGUCUACUAUUCCAAGAUUUAAAAAAAAAAUAGUUAAGGAAGCUGUCAGCCUUGCUAGCUAGAAAAACUCUAUUUAGAGCUUUCAGAACUAACAUAACCAAACCCUUAAGCACUUAAAGCAUUAUUUCCAUUUUAAAUAAGAAUCUCUAAAUUCAGAGUUCUUUACAGGUACUUAGAGAUGUGUGCUGGGUGGGCACCAAACGGACAUUGAUUGCACCAAACCAAAGUGAUAGAAAGAAAUAAUUGACCUUUUAAAAUAUAUCCACAUUGACUGACCUAGGAUACUUCUCUGGAGGCUUUGGGAAAACACCUUCUUCCUUGACACUCACAUACCCACUGCAGUUUUGUCACCAAAGAUUUUAAUCUCUAGAGCCUGACCUCCUCUCUCCAAGACAAAAUACAAGGAGCUCAAGAGAUAUGCCUUGGUGGUCAAGGGAUGACACUGUGGUUUUCAUUCUGUUCACAGUGAUAUUUACAGAAGAUUUGUUCUUAGAGGAGCUGCUGAACUAUCUUUAAGACUUAGGGUUUGGUCGGAGGUUUAAGAAAUGGGAAAAUACUAAACAAUAGUACCUGACACUGUAAACUAGUCUUUAUAUGAGUCAUGACCUGGAGACUGGUGGAGAGAAAGAAACUUCAUGGGAGAGAAUGAGCUCAAUCAUUUCAGAACCAAGCAAGGGUCAUUGGUAAAAUGUGGGGUCACAUGGACACAGAGCAGAUCAGUUCUCUGUGUGGCCAGAGCCAACAGCGGUGGCCAGUGGGGUAGUCAGAUAUGGGCAAUGAAUUAGAGUAUUGAAAAAGCCACAGGCUGGGUUUCACCGUGGUUGCCAGAGUGGUUGAAAAUGUCCAGGCCCUUGAGAAGGGCUGUGCUUAGGCUGAGCUGUUGUGAUAGUGCCUUUCUUGUUGCAGUGAGUACCAUGUCAAUAAUUUGUUCAGUUACACUUUUCUGGAUCAUUGCCCCCUGGUCUUCGGAGGAGGUCUGAAGGGAUAGUGUUCACUUGGGAUGAAGGGAUAGGAUAUUGCUCCUGGAAUGCUGUGAUUUGAUGAUAUUUGCACUAGAUUCUAAACUCUACUUUAAACCGGAGCAACUGAAUGAGAGAAAAACCAAGGAUGGUUUGAAGUGAAAAGAAACCAAAAGCAGUAUUUUCUGACUGAUGCCAUUUCUUUUUCUUCUUCCUUUUUUUCUGAAAGAAAAACUUCAUACUUGUUGAUUACCGAGCUCAACUCUUACCAAUUCUUUUCCUUCAUAUUCAUUUUCCUACACUGGAACCUCAGUGUGCAUUUACCGUCAGGUGGGGAUGGUCACUAAAGCUUUGCAUCUCUUCUCUGCCUCCUCAAGGCCCGGGACAUGGGGGUGGGACCCUCCAGAGCCACCUUGCCCUUUGGAAGGCCAGAAAGCAUAGGUGUCAUAUUGAGAGCUGUGAUGACAAAUGUUUGCUCAGAGGACAUUGGGGCCUGUAGCUAAUCCUAAAGGAUGCUCAGAAAGAGAAAGAAAACAAUGUGUUGAAGAAAACAAAUGGAGGUGGAGGUGGUGCCCAAAGUUUGCCUACUCUCCUCUUUCCCAUCUCACUGCCAUGUGCUCUCUAUUGGAAUUAUGUCUCAUCUCAUGUAUUUUAUAUUACCAAAAGAAUUAUUUGGUUCCUUGGUUUCUCUCUUUAUCAGUGGGCUGGGAACUCCUCCAAAAUUAAAAACAGACACCAUCAGCCGCUCCCCUGUGGCCUACCAGUUUCUCAGAUGCUGUCCACCUGGUCUUGGCCAGUCAGCUAAGAUAACAUGGAAGCUCUGGCUGGUUCAACCACCUGUCCACUUUAUUUUUGUUUUGUUUCCAUUUCCGUUUGAAUUUUGAGUGGUCCUAUGGAAAGGUGGAAAUCAUGGGAAAGGUUUGGAGGCUGCAAUUCUAGGGCAUAGCUUGUCAGGAGUUUGUAUGAUCCAAAAUAUAUCUUUCUAUAUUUUCAGUUUAAUCGGUUGCCCUGAUUAUAACUUCUAUUAUAUUUGUGGUUAUUUUUAUAAGGCUAGAGUACAUUUGCUAUGUCUAUUUGAGUACUUUUUUCUAUUUCCCCCAUAUGGAUGCAGUACCAACCUGUUCAUGAAAUACCUUUUUAUUAUAUUAUUAAUAUGUAAUUCUACUGUAGACCAAAAAUAUAAAAACAAAUUUGUCCAUUUUAAAGAUAUAAAGAACUAGUGAGUUAAAGAUUAAGAAUUGAAGGAAAAGACAGAAGAGCAGUGGUUAACUAUGUUGAGUUAGAAAUCUAAGAGUAGCCUUACCUAUUUUUUAACCAGUGCUUGCCAAUCAUACCAUAGUUGAGAUUAUAUAGUCUUGGCUCCUUCAUUCUUAUGUUCUAUAAUUCUUGUUUGUCUGUUUGUUUUUCUUUUAUAUAAUUGAGGUUGCACAUCAUGCUAUUUUUGGAAAUGCCUGAUUUUAUUAUAUUGUACUUUUAUCAGUCAUUUUCUUUAGAAGGAUGGGGGGAAAGUUUUAUUUCUUCUUUUAAUUUAAAAUUUGUUUAAUGCACUGGAAAUAAAAUUGGACACAUUUCACUGUUUAAAAAAUCAGAAACAAAACAAAACAAAAACCACAAAGAAAAAACCAGCAAUCUAAUAAGCAACGGGGAAAAAAGCUAUGAAAAAAAUCAAUUUAUACACACAAUGAAUACGCAUACAAAAUGAGAAAUACCACACAAAAGAGAAAUACCAUCAAAUAAGAAAAAUACAUCAUCUUCAGCUACAUUGCUGAAAAUAUAAAACAAAAACAGCAUUCCUUUGAGGUUUGAGAUCUUGUCAUUGUUCCAGUUAAUGCCCAACCAGGUUAAAUGUAGGAGAGGCGACUAUGGAAGAAGUCACCCAGCCUUCCUCAUGCCACUGGAGCUCUUCAUCACCUUGUAUCCCAUGCUCGAGCUCCAUUUUGAGAAAGAAAAAAAAAAGACAUGAUAUGGUUGAGAAAGUGGCUUGUAUAGAGAUAUGUGUACCAUACAUGUGGAUAGACCUUAGUCCUCUGCCCAUGUGCUACCUCAUGUGAUUCUUUUCUCCGUGAGGAUUUACAGCAGAUAGACCGGCAACAUGGGAGACUGUAAAUGACUCAUAGGACAUCAGCUAUUGCUAAACAGUCUUGAUCUGGCUUCUUCAGCAGUCCCAGGUACCAGCAGAGCCGUUAGCCCACACAUGUGCACAGUAGUGGAAAGGCAGAGAUAGUUUUCCUAGCCAACUGGCUGUACCAUUUGUUCAAUGUUUGCUGGGUUUUUCUGGUUUUGUUUUGUUUUAGAGUAGGGGUGGAGUGGAUGUAACUUUACAAUCCUAAUACAGUAAUUGUUUUGCAUCUUCCAUGUUUUAUGCAAAAACAGACAUUUAAAUCAAUAAAUAAUUGUGCCCUAGACUGAAAGUUAAUGUUUAGGAAAGGAAAAAAAAUUGUUGGAAUUUUUUCUACAUUUUUUUGUGAAGAAUCUUUUUUGGAAAGGAAGGAUACAUAUUUUUGUUGUGUAAUAUUUUCUAUUUUUGAAUGCAUUUUAUUGGUACAAGACUGUUUUUUUGGUGAAGACAUUAUUUAAAAAAAAAAAGAAAAAAACUAAUCGAAAAGUUUGCCCUUAAGGAUAUGCUGCAGUUUUGAGGUUAAAAAAAAAUAACUGAUUCAAGAUGCGUGUUAAAAGUUGGGAUUAUAUUGUUGUUUUUUGUAAUUGUUACAAGAAGAAGUUUGUACCCACUGCUGUUUAUUUUGUUUCAGAUAAGUAAGUAAAGGGAUUGUUCUUGUUUUAUUCUUUUUUUAGAGAAAAAAGCUAUUUAUGAAAUGUCAAAAACACUGGACUGUGAGUUUAAGUGUGGAAGCAUUUACCACCCUGUGUCUUCGACCAAUUAUGGGAACCCUUUUCUCUUCCCCCCGCCUUAGCCUUGCCAAAUGAGAAAAAAAUAUACCACCAGUCAGAUGAUCGAAGCCUCUGAAGCCCUGCUUUAAUUUUUACGGUUUAAAUAUGUCAGAAAACCAAAGUUAAAUUUGUUUCUGAAAUCCCACUGUCCAUAGCCCUUUUUGUGUGAUGCAGCCAGCUGCCCCUGCCUCUCUGUCUUGGACCAGUGCCUUCUUCAGGAACUGGGGCCAACUCUGAUGCCAAGAGAGGCACCAAGGUGGUGAGCCUGCGAGCUGAGGUCUCAUGAAGCAAAUGUAAAUGGGACUUCAACCUCUCAGUGGGCAACCACGCUUUCUCGUCCUGGGGCCAGGCUGCUGAGAGCACGCUGCUUACGGUGCCUGAGGAGAGAGCCUCUAGCCUGUCAGACCCUCUCCUAUUACCAUCGCUCUCUGGAGUGGCUUUGCCUUUCCAGCGCCCACACUCCCUGGAUGGGGCAGGAGACCAGGGGUUCCGCUGAAAGAAAGAAUGUGGGUGCUGGGAAGGCAGCCUGCCCCCGGGAAUUCGGUGCGAGGGACCCUCCUGCACAAGGAUCCUGCUGGCUCCUCUUGGGUUCUGUGGGUCCAUCCAUCUGCUCACUGUGAGGAUGGAGAGGCAGAGGGCCCUGAGGCUGUUCAAUAGCUUUUCCAUAUUUUUUCAACAUUGAAAAAAUAAUUUUUAAAAACUGUGAUUUUUUUAAAAAAAUCAUUUGGCUGGAGGGAAGGGAAAAGGGGAACACCAAAAGCUGUAACAUGAUUAACUGGAGAUAUGUAACUGGGGGCACUUUCUAGACCAAGACAAAUGAAUUCCGUUCUGGACCUUAAAGCAGCCAAAAUCUUGAGACUGUCAAUGACAGAAAGCUGAAGAGAGGCAUCCUUCCCUCCUUUCUCCUUUCUUCUCUGUCUCAGAACCCUCCUCCUCCUUCUCCUUCCCCAGCUUCCGCUGGACGACUGCCCCAGCAGCCCCCGGACUCCCAUGUAGUGUGUCUGCACUCGCGUUCACACACACACACACACACACACACACACGCGCGCGCGCGCGAACUUGCAAAAUGCCAUUUUUCUGGGACCGAAUAAAAUCAUGUGCCUUCAUUUUUUCCUUUUAUAGGUAGGUGAAUCUCUUCCUUUUUACAGUAUUUAAAAACAAACAGGGGAGGUUGAAGUGUUAGUGGAGUACGCGGGCAUCAUCUGAGAAGUAAUUUUUUUUUAGCACAUUCCCCCUAAACAUUGAACGCAAAUAUGUUCGGGAGGCUCUUUGGACAUUGAGAACAUGGCAUAACUAGAUACCUGACAGCCCAAACCCUUUUGAUCUCAGAGCAGUUCCUGAAAAUUCUAUUUCAUGGACUUCUUUGAUUUUUAUCAAAAAUGAGGUGAGCAAUGGCAAGCAGCCUUGCUCUCCCGACCUGGUGCUUUUGUGUGUGGCAUGGGGUGGGCGUGGGGGGCGUGGGUGUGUUUAGACAAAGGGUGCAUUCCUACAGAUCUCUGGUGCUGAAGGGCCUCAAGUUCCUUUCAGAGACCGCAUUUGACACAUUUAAGUCACACAAAUGAGUGGUAUCACAUGCAAUAUUUUAAUGGAACCAUGGGAGAGGCUCUUUGAAAUGGGUUUUUUGCAUCUUUUGUAACAUUUUGAUUUCUCUGGUGCCUUAUUCCUUCUCAAUGCUGGCACUCACAUACCCACAGGGAACUGACAGGAAGUCAGCCUUGGGAGUGGGGACGCAUGGGCGAUGCUUGAACGUGCGGGCACAUGGGGAGGCUGGUGUCAGUGGGUGGGCAGGGGACUCGAUGGCAUCUCUCAGCUGGAGCCAAGCAGGAACUGCACAAAUCCGUACCAAGUUAAUUCUGACCGUGAACACCCCGCAGACUCAUCCUUCCUCAUCUGAGCUUUCCUUCCUUCCCCCUCUUCUGUCUCCGCCUUCUCCUAAAGGUGCUGCUGCUGCUGCUAAGGUGCCCAGAGUCCAGAAUGCCCAGUCAUCACUCAGGCUCAAGCCUGGCACUGCCACGUCAGCCCCUGGCACGACCAAACCCAAGUUUCUCUUGCUUGGGGCUGAGAACCGUCAGAUUUUUCUCAUCAAAAAUGUUUUCCAAGGAAUCAGUGAAUUACAGUUAUUCUGCAUUGAAAAUGCACUUUAAAAAAAUAAAUGGAAGCUCCAUCCUGUUUAAAAUAGGCAGAGGGAGCAGGGGAAAGAUAAACAUGUGCUAGUGUGGGAACCCAGUUCAGUUUAUCUCCAGUUGAAACCAUAUACACUAUAUGAUGUAUAAAUGUAUACACACUUCCUGUAUCUCCAUGUAUACAGUGUAUAUAUUAUACAUGUAUAGGUGUGUAUAUGUGCACGUAUACACACAUGCACACAACCAAUCCAGAUGCUCAUCACAAAUCCAGAUGCUACACAAACAGCAGCAGAGGAAACAAGGUUGGACUCUUGCAACAGAUCACAAAAAAUAAAAACAGCUCUUUGCAGUGACUUUGGACAUUUCUGUAUGUUCACAAGGAAUGGAUUGUAACAAAGAAAAAAAGGAACAGUGUUAGUGAAAGAGGAAAAAUGGGCGAGACCAUCUUGAUCCAAUGGGAAUGCAGUAAUGUUCUAUACCAUUUCAUCUGUUAUUUCUUUUAGUCAUAUUGAUUUGAUUUCCGUUUUUGGCUAUUAAAUACAUUUUUAAGCUCAAGUGACCCACAACAAACUGAAUAAAUCAACUACAGUGAAAGCCCUUUUCAAUGGAAGAUGUCAGAAAUCUCAAAACCAUUGGCCUGGCUCAGAACUACCAUGUGCAAAUCAGUACUCUUAAUGUUUGAAAUAAAAACUGAAAAAAGAAAAAAAACUUUUUUGAAGCACCUUACUGUGGCCAUCCAUUCGAGGAGUGGGUGCCACUUUUUUCUUUGAGCACCUUAUUGACGUGUUUUGCUAUCUGCUGUCUUUCUGUUACCUGUUGGCUGAAUGGCUAGCUGUUAACACUCACAUGUGCACAGACCAGACGUCUGGGCAGGUGUGUUCUCAAUGAAGUUUACUGUGGUGACUGCUGAAAGGUGAACCUAUUUCCUGAUGUUCCCGCCACAGUGUUGUGAUAAGAUGCGAAGAGACCCUAUUUCCUGCACAGAAAUGUUUCUUAUCACAUUGUAUCGUCAUAUGGAAAGGAAUAUGGUCCCUUUUUUGCAAUUGCUACUGUACACAUGCGCGCGCGCACACACACAUGCAUAAACAUAUCCAUUCAUCCAAGUGGUAUUUUCAAUGUCUGUGUGGGUGUCACUGUUUAUGCAGUUUCUAUUUCCCAGUGAAUUUUGAGGGGAGGGCAACUUGUUUCACCAGAUUGUCUUUUCAGACUGAAGACCUGGGAAUUGGGGAAGAGUUUGGAAAGAGGGAAGGGCAAGGAAAAAGAGAGCUUUAAAUUAAAAGAAUAACUUCCCAAGAGGAACCGGGGCUCAAUGACUGCAGAGACACUAGCCUCCUAUCUUGGCAGGUGGGCAUGGAACACUGCUUGUAUCAAUCUGUGUACCGUACGAACCCAUGGACACACAAACACACAUCCAUCCAUCCGUAUAUACGUGGUGUGGGAUGAGCAGGUCAAUCGUUUUGAGAGGGAGUUUGUUCCUUUUUUUUUUCUUCAUUAUACUCUUAAAUUGUUGUCAGUUAUCAAACAAACAAAAUUGUUUUUCAAAAACCUUGCAUACGCCUUUUCUAUCAAGUGCUUUAAAAUAUAGACUAAAUACACACAUCCUGCCAGUUUUUUCUUACAGUGACAGUAUCCUUACCUGCCAUUUAAUAUUAGCCUCGUAUUUUUCUCACGUAUAUUUACCUGUGACUUGUAUUUGUUAUUUAAACAGGAAAAAAAAAACAUUCAAAAAAAGAAAAAUUAACUGUAGCGCUUCAUUAUACUAUUAUAUUAUUAUUGUGACAUUUUGGAAUACUGUGAAGUUUUAUCUCUUGCAUAUACUUUAUACGGAAGUAUUACGCCUUAAAAAUACGAAAAUAAAUUUUACAAGGUUUCUGUUUUGUGUGGAAGAGUAAUUGAUGUUGCUAAGAAUGAUGUUUGUUUUUUGGGGUUUUUGUUGUUUUUUUUAAAUGUUACCAGCACUUUUUUUGUAAGUUUCACUUUCCGAGGUAUUGUACAAGUUCACACUGUUUGUGAAGUUUGAAUAUGAAGGAAUAAUUAAAAAAAAAAAAAACUUC